UUAGAAUUUCACAAACCAUCAUUUUUUAAGAUUUGAUAUUAUUCCACAAAUCACAAAAUAAAAAAUAAAAAAAUUGAUCUUUUAGAAUCAAAUAAAAUACAGUAAAACAACCAAAACCCUAAUUUCCAAAUCGAAUUUACAUUCUUCAUUUCAAAGGUUUAAAUAUGGCGGAUGAGAACGCUGCCAAUGGGGAUGUUUUCGAUGAUGCAGUGGAGAUCGAAGGAGAGGAAGAUUCGGAUGCUGCAUUGAAAACCGCUCCACUGACGCAGAAAAUAGCCGCAUUAGAGCAAGAAAAUAAUCAACUUUUUCAUGAGAACCAAGUCAUCAAAGAGAGGAUGGAGAAAUCGAAGCACUCGAUUGAAGAAAUACAGAAUGAAAAAAUCGAGUUGCAGAAGAAGGCGGAGAGGCUUGAAUCCGAAAACAAGUCUUUUGGAUCAGUAGCUGCUCGAGCAGCAGAGCUCGAGGGUGAACACUCUCGACUGCAACACGAUCUCAUAACUGCGAUGAACGAUCUGGAAGAAUCGAAUUCUGAAUUAUCGAAACUGAAAUCGGUUCUAGAGGGGUUAAAGAGUAGCGAAAAUGAGAAGAGCGAGAAACUGAGCGCUAUUGAGAGUAAAAGGAAUUUAUUAUUGUUGAAAGUCGAGAAACUGGAAGCUAGUGAAAAAGAUCGGAGAGCUGAAAUAGAAGGGAAGGAAAAAGAAAUUAGGGGUUUGAACAAAAAGAUCGAGGAUUUGAAAGCUACUGUGAAGAACAACGAGGCGUGGAAAAAGGAGAAGGAGGCACUUCGCACGGUGAAAGAUGAGUUGGAGAAGAGGGUAAAAGAAAUGAUGGGGAGAGUGACCGAGUUGGAGAAGAAGUUGGAGGAGAAGGAAGCAUUGAUUACUGAAAGAGACGUCGACAGCAAUAUUAACGGUAUUUCAGCAGAGGAUAAGGUUAAAUCUCUGGGUGGCAAAGUAAACUUAACGGCGGUGGCUGCAUCUUCCGUUGCUGCAGCUGCUGUAGUUGGCAUUUUCUGCUAUCUUCGAUAUGCAAGAAAACCAUAAAGUCGAGCUUUUUUACCUGACCAAGUUUUGGCUUAGGGGCCUCUCUCGGGAAGGUUAUUUCAUCAUGAAUUGGCUGAAAUGGAAGUGAAGAUUCAUGUAGUCUAUCCCAACUGUUUGGGAUUGAGGCGUAGUUAUUGUUGUUGUUGCUGCUGUAGUGCUACAUGCUUUAUAACUUUCCUUUUGAAUGAAAAUCCCAUGGGGAGGGUACACAGAGAGUAAUAACUGAUAUAGUUGAAGCACAUCCUUUUUUAGUGAACACUGUUGUUUACUAUUGCCAAAAAGAUGAUAAGUUGAACUAACUCAAAGCUUGGUAUUUGAAAA